GCCCGUCUGGCUUGUGGCCGUCUAGCGCGCGCACCCAGCUGCCUUCUCGCGGGCGCCCCACCAUGGGAUGGGCCUGCCCCGCUGCCCGCCCCGUCCCGGUGCCCCGGCCGCUCCCGCCGCCCUCCCGACCAGCAGCAACAUGACUUCCGACGGGCCCUACGACGGGCGCUUCAACUGCACGCCCAUGGCGCUGCUGAGCGCCGCGGCGGCGGGCAGGGAGAAGGGCAACGCCACCAGCCCGGAGGCGUGCGGCUCGGUGUCGGUGGUCUUCGCCCUGACCAUGAUGACCACGGGCCUGGUGGGCAACGGGCUGGCGCUGCUGCUGGUGUACCGCGCCUACCACAAGAAGCAGAACGCGCGCAAAAAGUCCUUCCUGCUCUGCAUCGGCUCCCUGGCCCUGACCGACCUGACCGGGCAGCUCCUCACCAGCCCCAUCGUCAUCGCCGUCUACCGGGCCGGCCGCGACUGGCGGGCGGUGGACCCUUCCCUGCGCCUGUGCACCUUCUUCGGCCUCAGCAUGACCGUCUUCGGGCUGUGCCCGCUCUUCAUCGCCAGCGCCAUGGCCGUCGAGAGGACCUUGGCCAUCCGCGCGCCGCACUGGUACUCGGCCCACAUGAAGACGCGCGUCACCAAGGCCGUCCUGCUCAGCGUCUGGGUGGCCGUGCUGGCCUUCGCCUGCUUGCCCGUCGUGGGCGUCGGGCGCUACGCCCUCCAGUGGCCCGGCACGUGGUGCUUCAUCAGCGCCCGGGAUCAGGGGGGUCCCCACGUGGGCAACGUCAUCUUCGCCUCCACCUUCGCCCUCCUGGGCCUCUUCUCGCUCGCCGUCACCGUGGCCUGCAACUUGGCCACCAUCGUCGCCCUGGUGUGCCGCUGCCGCUCCAAAAACUCCGCGUCUCAGUCCAGGAGGCAGUGGGGCAGAAUCACCAUGGAAACCUUGAUCCAGCUGCUGGGGAUCAUGUGUGUCCUCUUUGCCUGCUGGUCGCCGCUCUUGGUAGGUGGACAACCUGUCUCUUGUGUUUGUGUGUGGCGGACUUCACUGUAGAAUAGCUGGCUACCCACCACCCCCUUGGAAAAUUAGCUGUACAUAAAUACCUUUUUUAAAAAAACUGCUCAGAAUAAAAUAUAUGUGAAUCAUUCCUUUUUUGGACAAAUGUAAAUAAACACUAAACUUCAUAGUUUGCAUUGCCCAUUUGGAGGGUUUGAAUACCUGAACCCAAAAAGAAGUCAUGAGCAAAAAUAAAAAGCAUAGCUUCUGCUUUUAGCCCUCUGAUGAGAACUGCAAAUAACUUCUGCAAAACUUCCUAAGUUUUACCAUAAUGCUAGAAACAGGUAGGUAGCUGUGCUGGUCUGACGCAGUCAAAAUAUAUAAAAAAAUUGUCCAGUAGCACCUUAGAGACCAACUAAGUUUGUUCUUGGUAUAAGCUUUCGUGUGCAUGCACACUUCUUAAGAUCAUAAUGCUAGAAAGUGAGUGAGCAGGAGAGAGGGAGUUGGCAAUGCAAGGGAGCCUAUUAUUGGAUGUUAUGCUAAGCACUUUGUGCAGGUAUAUUAUUUGGAAAACUUAUUUCCUGCCUUCCAGUUUCUUUAGACGUCUUAAAUGUUCUUUGAAGAGUUGUGCACACUCUUGGCUGCGUCAGGCUAGAGUUGAACUAUAGUUUUAAGGAAAGAUGAAAGGGUUGAGAGAGCUUGCUUCCCAUGUCCCUCCUGCCCUCUGCUCAUUUCUUUUGCUGCUCUGGUGCUUCCAGCCCAACAGGUUUUGCAAACAUUUGAAGCAGUGUGAAGAGGUUUUUCACCAGAAGUUAAAGUAGGGUGACUGUACACACCUGAAGCAUCUCUGCUUCUCUCAUAUGGGAAAGUAGGAAGCAAAGCUGCUUUAAACCAGCUGUUCAUCUAGCUCAGUAUUGGUGGGCAGAUCUCCAGGAUCUUUCCCAUCAAGUUGCUACCUGUGCCUUUUUAACUGGAAAUGCCAGGGGUUGAACUCUGCCUUCUGCAUGCGUAACAUGUGUUCUGCCACUGAGCUAAGGACUGUGUUCAGCACUCUGUAAAAACAGCGGCAAUCAUCUUUAUUUUCCUGUUGUCUUUAAAAAGAGGACGAGGCAUAAAAAUUACUGGACUUACUCUAGCCAUUUUAGAAAUGGUUGCAACAUUUUAAGCCACACAAGUAUAAGAAAUGAGAGCUCCAAUUGAUAUUUGAGCACCAGGUUGACUUGUAACCUUUUUAAAUAAAUUGGAGAAUAACUUGGGGAAAUGUGUGGGCACCAGUUGGUGACACAAACCAGUUGCCAUGCUUUUCUGUGAAAGAAAGAAAGGAAACACAUGUUUUAUGUGCCAAAAUACAGCUAUUUCCCUAUGUAAGAUGGGCAGAGCAAUUUAAAAGCUCCAAGGGUGGGAUGGGGAAAGGGGUGGGUUUUACUGAACAUUUCUCCUGUCGCCAUGUCCCACCAAGACACCACAGACCUUCAAUUCAGACUGGUCUUUGGACUUGCUACAUCAUAGCCUUUCGUAAAAAUUGCUGCAAUUGUCAGCUUUAUUGGGGUUUUUGGGUACCUUUCAUCUACUCUGUUUUCGCGGUUCUGAUUGCUCAUUUUACUUUGCAUGCUCUUGCCAUUAAGCUAUGUUGAGCACCAUUCGGUGGAAAGGCAGGCUAUAAACGUGACAAAAAAUAAGCAAGUAGAAGCUGCUUAAUCCUCUUGCUCUUCAUUCUGUCCCCAGCAGGGGUUAUUUUUUGGGUUCUCUCAGCCUCACUAGGAGAAAAACAGCUGAGGCAAACGGGUUUCUUGCUCAUGCAUCAUUUUAAGUUGUGCUCUCUCUUAGAAAUCAGUAGCGAACUUCCUGCUCCUGACAUGUGGGUCUGUCAUAAUCGUGUUUAGUUUGACUGUGCUGUAGUUCUAUAUCAGGCUGAUCUAGCAAAAGGGAUGUUUGAUCUUUGAAGUCUUUUCCUAGGCCCUAUUUAUACAGCUCAGCAAACUUCAUCACUGUUAAGCUAAACAUGUUCCACCCCCAGUUUCACUAGUCCAACGCAAAGAGAGGACCGAAUUUCCUCUGCUUAUGAAACUUCAGAGAAGCUUUUGCCACCCAUGACAGGAGAAAAAGAAAAAUAACUGUUGCGGGAUGUUUAGAUGAGCAGGGAGAACGAAAUGUCCCUCUUGCGAUUCCCUUGCCACUUGCAACUAGUAGUGCGUGUUGCAUUUAGUUUCAUGCAUUUCUUAUGUUUCUGUCCUGCCUUGUCUCUGACAUGGAGUCAUGGUUCUUUCUCCCUUUUAGCUUUAAAAUGCUGCUGUAGCAAAGUAGGUUGGGUGUCAAUGUAAGAAAACAAACAAGUAAAUAGAAAUAAAUGAGGUUAGGGGGAGACCAGGAACCUGUGGCAUCUCAGGUGUUGUUGGACUUCAAUCCCCAGGCAGAAUGGUCAGUGGAUGGAGAUGAUGGGAGCUUAGGCCCGCAGGUUCCCCAUCCCUGGGUUAAGAGAGAGUGCUGGAGCCAAGGUCACCCAGUGAACUGCUUGGGUGAGGCCAUGUUUGCCUUAUUGAAGUCUGGUUUUCUCAAUGCUACAUUACACUGGUUCCCUUUCCUAGAGCGGCUGGAACAAUUCAUUCAAAUGGGUGGGAUAUAAGUAAUAAAUUGUGCACAAAAGCUUAUAGAGAGAGCUGGGCAUGCAUUUUAGGCUGUAAUAAAGAGCAAUGGUGAGUAUAUCAUCACUGGUCUGUAAUUGAGAGCAGUGAUGAGCUACCCAAAACACUGCUCUUGCAUAAGCCUCCCAGACAAGCGGCACUUGCAGCAACCAGAUGUUUGUCAAGGAAGAGAAUGGUAGGGAGUGGCUAAAUCCAGGCCCUUCGUUUCCCUUCCUGAGCAGACCAAUUGUGAAUAUCCAGCAAGGCUACAUAUGCACAGCCCUGAGAGGUAUUCUUAUAUGCGCCUGCUUCCAGGACGCUAGCUGAUUGUGGGGAUAGUUUGCCUUUGCCCAAUUGCUCAUCUGAGGUGAUAAAGGAUUCCUCAGGAUUUACCAAGGAUUUCCUGGGCAGGGAAGAUCUUGUGGUUACUGCAUUGGGAGGGAAGCUUGCAAAAAGGUUAGAAUUUUGCUGAGGAUAGAGAAUAGAUUAUACCUUUGGGCACCUGUGAAGUGGGACUGAAUGAAUCAAGAGCUUGUGGCUGGCAUGUUAAAUACAUCAGUGCAUUUAACAGGAAACAGCAUCAGCUAAAGAGGGGCUGAUAAUUGUGCGAUGGAGGAUUUAACACUUUCUUCCCCUACUGCAGUCCCAAGGAAAAACCCUCUUCUAAAAUAAGCUGUUUGCAUUAGAAGCAAACUCCCAAUUUGAGAGGGAGAGAUUUUCAUCAAGACCACAGCAGAUAAGGAGAGGGCUUAGUUUUCCACCCACAUUCAGAUUCACACCCCUGCCCCCAUACCAAACAGAUUCUAUUUACAUAGUUUUAAAAGCAACCUCCAGCAAGUUAAAUGGAGAGAGUGAGCAUUUAAACUUCCAUCUAGAGUGGCCUUCAGAGAUUCCUGGGUGAAUGAGUACUUUGUAAAGUGAGGUCAGAUACAAAUGAGGUGUAGAAGGUAUAAAUGUCAACAGUAACCCAUUCACAAAGAAUGUGUAAGUAAAUAACCCAGGAAGCCUCAUGUGGAUGAGAUCAUUACAUUUUGAAAUGCAUUUACAUGGAUAUAAAAAGACAUUUAACAACCAGAAUUUCCCUCUCAAUCAGGACAUGGAGUGACUGUUUCUCCAGCCCUUGGGCCCUAAAAUGUUGGUGACCCCUAGGCUACAGUGCUGUGCUUCUUUCUCCUCCAGCUAACACGAUCAUACGAUGGCCCAGUUUGCCAUCUGCUGAAUCAAGUGUAACUUCAUAGACUGGUAAACAGAAAUAGCUAAAGUAUUGGCUCACUUGUCCUUGACUCAAUUAUAGUUCUAAGUAUCAGGUGCUGUAGGGAUGCAGGUGGCGCUCAGUGCCUAGGACUUGCCGAUCGCAUGGUCGGCAGUUCGAAUCCCCGCGGCGGGGUGAGCUCCCGUCGUUCGGUCCCAGCUCCUGCCCACCUAGCAGUUCGAAAGCACCCUUAAGUGCAAGUAGAUAAAUAGGUACCGCUUACCUAGCGGGAAGGUAAACGGCGUUUCCGUGUGCUGCUCUGGUGCUGGCUCGCCAGAGCAGCUUCGUCACGCUGGCCACGUGACCCGGAAGUGUCUCUGGACAGCGCUGGCCCCUGGCCUCUUAAGUGAGAUGGGCGCACAACCCUAGAGUCGGACACGACUGGCCUGUACGGGCAGGGGUACCUUUACCUUUACCUUUACCUGCUGUGGUUUUACGCAGUUAAAAUUAUGUCUUCACCCAUCACAGGGAGGACCAGAAAUUGCAAUAGAUGUUUGUUAAUCUUUUGGAAGAGGUAGUUGUUUAGAGAACAUGUCUUUAUUUUCAGUAUGGGGGGGGAUGAAAAGGUGCUCUAAGAUAAUUAACAUGCUUAUUUUAAAUUAAAAAAUGAGUUUCAGAAAAUGAAUACUAGUGAAUCAUGAUGAAUGAUGACAAUUAAUUUAAAAGAGAUCUGACCUCCCUUACGUAUAAUAAUAGAUCAAAAUGUCAUGUUACUGAUUAAUAUUUUCAAAAUAUUAUUUUAAAUGUUUAGCAAAUGUCCAAGCAUGCAAUCUAUUUUGUUUUGUCAAUAUUACCUGUACAGUAGAUACAGCAUAAGGUUGGAACAAAUCUAGUCUAAAAACUGUCUGAAGUCCACAGCUUGGUUGGGAAACAUUGAUUUAUCUUGUCCUGUAUGUGGUCUAUAAGAUCUGAUCAUUUGGUUUAUUUCACAGAAAAGGAAACUGAAUCAAAUUGCUAAGGCUAUCUUAACCUUAUCUUAGUGGCUGGGGAAACUCAGCCAGAUGAGCGGGGUAUAAAUAAUAAAAAAUUAUUAUUAUUAUUAUUAUUAUUAUUAUUAUUAUUAUUAUUAUCAUCAUCAUCUUCUAUGGAAUAACAAAAAGACAGUAAUCUCUACAUAUGAGUAAGAAAAAUGAGUUUGUACAAUUAGCUCAGUGGCCCACCCUGUACAGUGAACUCCCUGCGAUAGUAGAUGAGAAUAGAUUGUCAUCUAUAUAAUUUUUUUGUAUAAACUUUCGUGUACAAAAUGCCAAAUAGAUGUGGAAUGGAUAAUAAUAAUAAAAAAAUCAUUCCCCACUAUUGUUUUCCUGGACGUGAGAAUUCCAACAUCAUGUAGCACCAAGAAAGCAUCAGAACAGGCGCAUCUCUCUCUCUCAACAUAAGCUCUGGGAACCAUAGGAAGCUUAUACUGAGUCAAACCAUUGGUCCACCUAGCUGAGGAUUUUCUACAUUGAUUAGUGGGGGCUCUCAUUGGUAAUCUCCUAGCACUAUGUGGAGAUGCCAGGGAUUGAAUUUACGACCUUCAGAAUGCAAAGUGGAUGCUGUACUACUGAGCUAUGUCUUCCAACCCUUCCAACUCUACAAUUCUAUGAUUUUGAGAUGCUGUGUCCUUGGACUUUAGUGAGAAUGUGUCAAAUAUAUCUCGCCAUGGCCUUGCCAUGCAAGCAGGGUGAAAUCACCAAAGCCAGGGGAAGAAGGGGUAUAAUUAGGGAAUGUAGGAACUGGUGUCUGAACUAUGCAGCAAGGCAUUUUGAAGUGUGGGGAAUGUUAUUUUGCUUGUCCCUAGCUAGCAACAGGGGGUUUCCUAUGAGGUUCAGGGCUCUAGGCCUACAGCUUUAGAUCUUUUAAUUUUGCUGUAAUUAUUUUCUUCCAUUCUGGAAAUUGCUUUACACCAUGGGUAGGCAAACUAAGGCCCGGGGGCCAGAUCUGGCCCGUGGACGGUCCGGGAAUCAGUGUGUUUUUACAUGGGUAGAAUGUGUGCUUUUAUUUAAAAUGCAUCUCUGGGUUAUUUUGGGGGCCUGGACGGUGUUUUUACAUGAGUAGAAUGUGUGCUUUCAUUUAAAAUGCAUCUCUGGGUUAUUUGUGAGGCAUAGGAAUUUCUUCAUUUUUUUUCUUCAGAAUAUAGUCCAGCCCCCCACAAGGUCUGAAGGACAGUGGACCGGCCCCCUGCUGAAAAAGUUUGCUGACCCCUGCUUUACACACACUUCAGUGAAUUCGCAGCUCUGAGGGAGUUAUGCAAACAGAUGCAAUGUGGAUAAACCCCCUCAUUUUUAAUUACCCUUUGUUCAUUGCUCAUAAUUGCUGUUCACUGGGCCUUUGUGUUAACAGUUGCUUUCUGUGCUUGUCACAACCACACUCAGCCAACAGCUGGAUGAAAGCUCUUCAAGGUGAAUAUCAACAAGACAACAAAAGAGAGAGAGAGAGAAAGCUCUUUUUCUGAUAGUGUGACAAAAGCUACCCAGGUGUCUCAUGAGUGGAAAUUCACAUAACAAUUUGAACUUAGCACAGUAGCAAAUGACACACUCCUGCCUGUUUCUCUAGUGCCUUCAGGCUCUAGAAUAGAAACAACCAUUUUCUAUUUCCUAUAUUUCUUUUCCUACAAAACCAUUUUUAAUGCCCAAUCAAACCUGAAUCUAAUGUGUUCACAUACUGAAAAACCAUGAUUCCUGAAAGCUUUUGCCAAACCCAACCCAGAGGAAUAAAUGGGAGUUAUUGCCACAUAAUGGGGUGCAACAUGAGAUGAAAGGAGGGAGACUAGGGAAAUGGAAACCAAAGUACAGUGGUACCUUGGUUUACAAACUUAAUCCAUUUUGGAAGUCCGUUCUUAAACCAAAACCGUUCUUAAACCGAGUCGCACUUUCCCUAAUGAGGCCUCCCUCCGCUGGUGCCCUUCCAGUGUUCGGAUUCCAUUCUUAGACCGAGGUAAAGUUCUGAAACCAAGACACUAUUUCCGGUUUGGCAGAGUUUGUAAACCAAAUCAUUCUUAAACUGAGGUACCACUGUACCAUUAACUGUAGUACUGAAAUUAUUGGGGAAGAGAUUAAAAUUCCUUUUGUUUCGAUGGGGUGUAAAAUUUCCAGAGAGCCUAAGUGUCCAGUCUAGAGAAAUCUAAGACUAACAUGGGGCAGGGUUUGUGUGACUUGUUGCUUUAUGUCUGUGCCAGGAUAGGACUCCACUCUGUUUCUAAACACAGGAGUCCACUCGUGACUGUUGCUUUUGCAUAGCUGCUUCUCAGAUCCGUACAAGGCCCAGUUGUGUUACUCCAGUUCCAUUGAACAGUCUUGAGAAAGGCAACGUGUUGGGGCUUGCGCUUAAGGAAGAUUUUAAGAUUUCCUACCCCUGAAUCCUGUGGCGUAGGAAGGUGUGUGUGGUGGGUGUGGUCCGCCCGGGUGUCAUCACUGAGGGGGGUGACAAAAUGGCAAAAAUAUGUGUUUUUGAAAAAAUAACUCCCGUACCCAUCGCACGCCCCUUCCUACGCAACUGCAGGACCACUCUCCCCUUGAGUGAUUUCGGGAAACCAGAAGUUUGCUGCCUCCAACUUUGCAGGCAGAGCACAGCCUUUUCGGCUAGUAGACUUCAACAGCUCUCCUCCUUCAAGCAGUGUGGGGCUUGCGUCUGCCCACCGCCUCAGCCACCCUACAGCUGAGAGGGAUGCUGCAGAGAAGGUCCACGCAGCGCGCCCUGCCUUGGCUCGCUUUGCCCUCGGCUGCACCGCCCCGGGCAUCUGAGUGGCUAGCUACACCGCUGCCUAGCUACACGUCCUAGCCAAAUUAUGUCACCCAUAGCUUUCUGAAAGCAAUAGCCAAGGAAGCCAUCAUAGAAGGUAAAGUGCCCCCUCUAAAUUGAGCACUGGUAAAAUAUAGGAAGGGACGCAGAUGGCGCUGUGGUCUAAACCACAGAGCCUAGGACUUGCUGAUCAGAAGGUCGGCGGUUCGAAUCCCCGCGACGGGGUGAGCUCCCGUUGUUCGGUCCCAGCUCCUGCCCACCAAGCAGUUUGAAAGUACGUCAAAGAGCAAGUAGAUAAAUAGGUACCGCUCUGGCGGGAAGGUAAACUGCGGUUCCGUGAGCUGCUCUGGUUCGCCAGAAGCGGCUUAGUCAUGCUGGCCACAUGACCCAGAAGCUGCCUGAGGACAAACGGCGGCUCCCUCGGCCUAUAGAGUGAGAUGAGCACACAACCCCAGAGUUGUCAGCAACUGGACCUAAUGGUCAGGGGUACCUUUACCUUUUUAAAAUAUAGGAAAGAGAGAGCUUCCUUUAAACUGGAACGAGCAUAUACUCAUGCUUCACUUGUGGUAGUCGCUGCUUGAACCGCAUGAUCCACAUGAUGAGCAAGCUGCCAUAACUGCCUUUUUGCCACCUUGACACAUAUUCAUAUGCAGCCCUUCUGGUUAUUUCCCUGCACUUACUCUUCCCACCCCUUUCCAAAUGACACUGAUUCAACCUGAGAUUUUUUGCACCACAUGCACCAGUUUUAUAAUGUGUAAAAAAUAAAUAAAUACCUGUCUUCUUUGAAUUUUAAAGGGGGAGGUACUCUGUGAUUGAACAGAAGCUUUCCUUCUCUCAGAGUAGACUGAAUUCAUUCACCUGACCUGAUCACUGCUUGGUCACAGAAUUCCAAUAAGCAUCUAAAGGGAGGAGAAGGACUUUGUACCUUUCCUGGAUUCAGCUCAGGAAUACCAACAUGCACGUGGACCUAAAAGAUUCAUUCGAUUAAGCCACCCCAGUUAUAAUAAAUUUACUCGGCCUCAGUCUCUCUUCCUGCCUCUUGCCCCUAAGCUCAAUUUACUAAAAAUAAUAAGACAUUAAUAAGUCUGUUGCUAUUCCCAAGUGCAUCUAAUAUCAACAUUAUCUCUUGCUAUGUUUAUUUCCUUUCCCCUUGCUGCAUUUUCUGUUAAUCUAAGAUGUACAUUGUUGGCGCAUUUAGAAAUGGUCUGUCUCUGACUUAUCUACUGUAUGUUAACUAUGUUAUGCAGAACAUAAAAGAAGUGGUACUAGUCUGCUCAAAACUCAGAAGCAACAUACAGUGAUUUUAAAGGUUUUGAGUUUUUAUACUACACAGUGGUCAAAUUUUUACAUUCCUGAGAUGUAUAAAUCAUUUUGCCUUUUGGAAAUGGAACACAGGAAUUCUGAUCAAUCAUUGAACCUUCUUCAGAAUGGAGGUGAUGCAUUUUUUAAAAGAUGCUUUUUUUCAGAAAAUGGUGUGCGUAUGUGCUCUAAUUAAAUGCAUCUCAUACAUACAGGCACACGAGACACACAUAUUAAAAAGAACAUGCUUUCUGGUGGUUUUAUUUAGACAGAACAAUAUUAAUAUUGCCUCUAUAUAUAAGCAAGAGAUUGAGCAGAGUGAAAAAGCUGUAUGCAUUUGCAGUAGAAAGCCAUAUAAGUUGCAUUGCCUGCAGAGAGGCAAUGGCCAGCGGCAGCAUUUUUAAAUUUCAUCUUGAGUCUCAGCCAGGCGCCAAAUACCACUACAGUGGUACCUUGGGUUACAGACGCUUCAGGUUACUGACGCUUCAGGUUACAUAUGCUUCAGGUUACAGACUCCGCUAACCCAGAAAUAGUACUUCGGGUUAAGAACUUUGCUUCAGGAUGAGAAAAGAAAUUGUGCUCCUGGCGGCACGGCGGCAGCAGGAGGCCCCAUUAGCUAAAGUGGUGCUUCAGGUUAAGAACAGUUUCAGGUUAAGAACGGACCUCCAGAAUGAAUUAAGUUCUUAACCCGAGGUACCACUGUACUGUGCUUUUGGAAGUGUUCGCAAUCAGGGAUUUCUUAGUCACAAAAUGCACCUAGCGCCCUGCUAAUUUCGAACACUGCUUGGAGGCAGCAAUGGAAACCACAGGAGAAGAGAGUGGUUUUGAGCACAGCUCCUGCUUGCAGGUUUCCCGCAGGCUUGCCAUAUGUCAGGAAAGCUCCUGACAUGUCCUGGUUUUCGGGUGUAAAAAUGGUGGUGAGGGGCAACCCAGUAUGCAUGGUAACGCGAUGGAAAAAACAGCAGAAAUUAUUAUUAGUAGUAGUAGUAGUAGUAGUAAUAAUAAUUAAUUAUACCCUGCCUAUCUGGGUGGCUUCCAACAGAUUAAAAAUCAUUAAAACAUCAGUCAUUCAAAAGCUUCCCUAAACAGGGCUGCCUUCAGAUGCCUUCUAAACGUCAGAUAGUUGUUUAUUCCUUUGACAUCUGAUGGGAGGGCAUUCCACAGGGUGGGAGCCACUACAGAGAAGGCCCUCCAAAAAGUUGGAGAAACAACUCCAAAAGCUUAAAAAUCACUAUUUGGGGGGGGGAGGUACCCCCACCCAAAGCUCAAAAAUUUGGGUUUGUUCUCAAAAAAAGCUAAACAAUUUUGGUGGGUUUAUAAGCUCAGCAACUUUGCGGGUGUCGGGAAUUAUGGCAAGCCUCCUGUUUGGCCACUGUGAGAAUAUGAUGCUGGACUAGAUAGAGUCAUUGGCUUGGUCCAGCAGGCUCUUCUUAUGUUCUUAGGAUAUUCUGGCAGUGUGGCAGUACUGCUUCCUUGCCUGCUACCAGGGUAAAUGGUAGCUGUGCUAGCAACAUUACAUGCAGUUAACUCUGGAUCCAACCCUCUGUUUUCAUAACAAAAGUUGUGCAGCCUUCCCAGCAUUGUGGGCUGGCUGUGAAAUUUGCCUUCUGCUUAAUCAUGGUUCAUAUUGUUAUGUACUGAAGUUCUCACCCUGGGCCAGCAGAGGGAUACUGUAGAUAGUUUUCACUCAGGUCCACAUAUGCAAAUAAGGGAUUGAAAGUGAUGUUCAGUGAUUGGAUAGUUACAGAAAGUGGUUACUGUUGCGUUGUAGUGGAGCUCUAUAUAAGCAGGCUGGCUGAACCCUUCAGUUCAGUUCUGUUCUGGCCUGUGAAUAAACAAGAGCUGUUUGAAGAAUCGCUGUGUUGUCUGAUAUGUUCACCUACAACUUAACUCAUAUAGAGCAUCCUCCCCCUCUUCAGACCUUCCUCCGAUGGGUUCGCACUGGGACGGGGGCCAGCGGGGUCAUGGCGGUGGGCACAGCCCUGCUCUCCCCCUCCAUGCGGUGUGAAUAAUGUGCAGCAGAACAGCCAAAUAAUGUGGGUGAUAUCAGCCGAGUCUCUAAAGAGCCCUUUUAAUAAAAGUACCAUUCAGAAUUUUCAGCCCAAAUGCUUUCUUUUGUGCAGAAUGGCCAAGCCAAUUAGUGAACCCAGGCAAUAUAAUUGAUUUUCCUUUAUGUUCAUUAAAAUGCUAAUUCGGUUUUCAUUAUUGCCAUUGUAAAAUAUACUGCGUUUGGGGCAUAGUAAAUGAACAACAGGUGCACUUUAGAAUACUCCACAUGGGCUUUUGGAUUAAUUUCUUACUAUUUAAGUAUGGGAAAUAUUUUGCCAGAGAACCCGGUGGACCUUAAAAUGGGUGAAACUGAUCAAGUACCUUUUAAAAGGCACUAAAAUAUAUGGCAGCUGUGUUUUUAUAGGCAGAGCUUAGUGAAGGGAAAAUAGAAGAAAGAAUGCCAACUAAUCCAUGGAAAAAUAAAUACCUCUUUGCCUUUCAUCAGAAGGUACCCCAUGUUUGUCUGUGUUGUAUAAAAUAAGAGUUGGAUUGCAGAGUUGUUGUAAAUGCUGAUAACAUUUUAUGGUUAUUACAUGAGGGAAAUGGACUUACAACAUAGGCACAGAAUGGUGCUUUCGUUCCUCCUUCUGUCCCUUAUUAAUUUGGAAGUGAUGGAAAAUUCCAGGGGUUAUGUCCAAGGUUAGUCCUACUCAAAGUAGACCCAUUGAAACUGAUGGGCCUGGGCAACUUUGGGCCCAUUAAUUUCAUUGGUUCUGCUCCGAGUAAAACUUAUUGGAUACAAUCCCAGAUAUACAACAUAGUUGUUGCUCAUUAAUUGAGCUUGACUUCAAGGAUAGAACUGCCAGCAGCUCACCAAACCGCCCCCCCCCCGAGGAAGUCUUGUUUUGAUUCAUGCUAGAGUGUUUGUUGAAGGGAGUGUGAUAGAGGAAUGGCGUGCACACUCAGUCCAUGACUCAUCAUACCUUAUACCCUUAUAUCUCAGCUCAAUCACUGCCAUCAUCUACAGGUCAUCUCCCAAGUUGGUGAUGUGAACUUAGUGUCAUCAGCUCAGUCCUAUGGAAUGCUCUUCUAAUAUAGACUCAGUAGGCACCUUCUGUUUUGACCUGUGAACACCUGCUGAAAAAAUUUCUGUACUUUCAAGCUUAUGCAGGCAAUUAAGAAUACAUAUUUCACUGGGGGCAGGGGAUGAUCCCAGAUUUUUAAUUUCCCCAUUUUUUAUUGUAUAUGUGUAUGACUGUUAUAAACUGCUUUGAUUUUUGUUUGUUUGUUUAAUGAAUACUGGUAUACAAAUAUUCUUAUAAAUGCAAAAUGGCUGCCUUACGUUUACAGGUUUUGCAGUGCUGAAAAAAACCUGCAAAAACUUCAAACAGAGAGAGCUGAGCGUCCAACUGAGAGGACAAUAGGACAAAAGAGAUGCGUGCCUCUAUCACAGCAAUGCCUCUAUCACAGCUCCCUCAACUCUUUUAAAAAACAUGGUCUACCUCAAGCCUUAGAAAUUGUGAGGUGAACUCUUAUCUUCCUUUGGGAGACAUAAAUCAAAUUAAAUGGCCCAGGUCACAUUUUGGCAUCCAUAAAUGCAGCCUUCUGGAAUGAGGAUUGGCAUGUAAGAACUAAUUGAAGCAGGUAGUGCUACGGUCUCAUGACUAUCUUUGAUCUGAUAGGCUGCAGUGGUUUCAGGGAAUGCCGUCAAGUGGACUAUUGUUCCAUGUCAAAGAAUGUCUUUAAAUCAUUGACUCUGUCUCUACUGCACUCAUUUCCCCUCUUGUUCCCUUAGAUUAUGAUGCUGAAAGUGACGUUCAACCACACCUCUAUGGAUCAUUGCAGAGAAUCCUGCAACUCCACCCGAAGCACAGAACUGCAGACAGAAUGCAAUUUCUUCUUGACCGCUAUCCGCUUGGCCUCACUGAAUCAGAUCUUGGACCCCUGGGUUUACCUGCUGCUUAGGAAGAUCCUCCUGCGGAAGUUUUGCCAGUUGGCAAGUGCCAUCUCCUGCCGCUCCCAGGAGGGAUGGAAAGGGCGGCACAUCAUGUUGUCAGACAAAAUCAGGCGCACACCAUGAAGCAGGUUGCAUGCCAACAACUUACUUUGCACCGCCACCUUACUGUGAAUAGGGGCAUCCAAGUUCUGUCCGUUUCCCUCUGUAACUGAAUUGCAAGGACAUAAUAUAUUCCAUGGACUAGUAUUUUCAGUGUCUGCCAGAAAUUGUUAACUUAUAUAACUAAGAAACCUGCCUGUCUUUUGAAAUCCAUAGCUAAGAGUGCAGCUUUUUGUGUACGUCCAAAGACAUCGCAGGGAUUUUUCCUACUGCAUGGGAGAAGAACCUGCCAUUUAAAAAUCGGAACUUUGACUGUAUAUUCAGUGGCAAUUAAGUUAUUGAAGACUAAACAUUUGUUUGACUCUAAAAUUAUUGUCAGAAAUUUUAUUUGUUUCCGGUCUUCUUUUUGACUUACCGAUUUAACCGAAAAGGAUAAUCCUUUUUCAUGCUGAUUCCAGAAGUGAGGGAUAGGGUGGGAGUUAAGGAAUCAAAAAUGCUAUGGUGUGGGUGUUAAUGGCUUCUGUCCUUUCCUUAAAGUUGGGAAAGUAGCAAGAGGCGUGUCAAAUGCAUGGAGUCACCACACUAAUUAUUCAUUUUCAAUAAACACUAAAGGUCUUUUUCAAAUGAUAGUUUGUUACCUGUUGUAUAUUUUCACUUGUUUAUGCAAGUUGCCCUUGUUAUUUGCUGCUGCAGAGAAUCCAUGUGUCUACUCUCAGUGAAGAAUUUAUGUUCUGGAGAAAGCACCUUGUCUUAAUAUUCAAACUACAGCAUUUUGCCUCUGAAAAAAAUUGUUGCUUCUAUAUUAGGAUUCUUGGCCCUGGAAAGGCAGUGCUUUUCUUCAAUCUAUUAGAAGCAGAAAUAAAAUAGCAGUUCCACAAGGCACUUAAUAUAAUUCUAUAUUAUACAGUUAAUUACCCCCUUUUCAGAUUAUCAUAAAUACUCUGUUAUACCUCUUCUAAGUAAUAGUUAAGAUUAUGAUGAUGUAUUAGAUUUAUACCUCACACCUUCCUCCAAAGGAGCCCAGGGUUUACUUCUGCGUAAACAUAAUAGAAAAAUCUCCUGUUCAGGAAAGACCACCUGCAACUUUAAUUAGAAGAUUCCUCCUUGCAGCUUCUACCUCUAACGGCCUCCUGUUCAGUGUAUUUCUAGCUUCAUUUCUGACUUUUGAUGAAAGGCCUUGUAUCUAGCUGGUCCGUCUCUCAACUACUUUUCUUGUAAAAGAGAGAAAUGAGUGGAAACUGCUCUCUGCACUCUCAUGUUAACUCUGUGUUGAAAAUAAUCUGCUCAGUGUGAAGUAAGUAUCAUGGGAAUGUCAAACAUGGGCAGUUUGUUUUAUUUUAUUCAGGUAUUUUUUGGUAUUAUUUUAAAGUCACAUUAGCACGAAUCUUUAAAAUUGCUUUAGCAAUGUUCUCUCCCAUUUUAUACGUGUUUGAGCUGCUUCAUCUACCAUGAGGGGAGAUAGUCUUCCUGAAAAUAAAUUGCUUUUAAAUAGU